CAGGCGGCGCGCUGCCGCGGCGGCUUCCCGGUGCCCCGAUGCCGCUGCACAAGUUCCCGGUGCACCUGUGGCCGCGGCUGCGGCUGCGCGAGGGCCUCGGCUCUCGCCUGCCCGCCCACUACCUGCGCUCGCUGGAGGACGAGCCGGCGCCCGCGCCGGUCCACUACCGGCCGCACGGGACCCGGUUCAAGGUCAACCCCCGGAACGGGCAGCGCGAGCGCGUGGAGGACGUGCCCAUUCCCCUGUACCGGCCCCGCGAGGCCCAGCUGGGGCUGUGGGGCGGCGAGGGCUGGAUCCUGGGCCAACGGUACGUCAACGACGACAAGCUGUCCAAACGGGUGAAGAAGGUGUGGAAGCCACAGCUGUUCCAGCGGGAGCUCUACAGCGAGAUCCUGGACCGGACCUUCACCGUCACGGUGACCUCGCGCACCCUGGACCUCAUAGACGAGGCCUUUGGCUUUGACUUUUACAUUCUCAAGACCCCCAAGCAGGACCUGUGCUCCAAGUUCGGGAUGGACCUGAAGCGAGGUAUGCUGCUGCGGCUCGCCCGCCAGGACCCCCAGCUGCACCCUGAGGAUCCCGCCAGGAGGGCUGCCAUCUACGACAAGUACAAGGACUUCACCAUCCCCGAGGCAGAGGCUGAGUGGGUAGGGCUGACGCUGGUGGAGGCUCUGGAGAAGCAGCGGCUCCUGGAGGAGAAGGCCCCCGUCCCGCUGUUCAAGGUCUACGCAGAGGAGCUGAUCCGGCGGCUUCAGCAGCAGGCACUAUCGGAGCCAGCGCUGAUGACGAAGAGGCCCAGCCCAAAGUGACAGGAGAGGCUGUCCCCCCCCCCCCCCCCCCCCCACAGCUUUGGGGAGCCGUUCUAGAGCCUGUGCCCAGCAUGGCAGAGCUUGAUGGAGACUCCCCACACCCCUCUCCCGGGCAGGGAGUACACCCAGAGCUGUCCUGGCACUGUGCGCUGCUAUCUCAGCACCAGUUACGGGACCUGGACAUGGCAGAGGCGGUGGUCCAGGCAGCUGGGCACUGGGGCCAGGGUCACUUUGGUGUUGUCUUCAGGAGAGUCUGUCCUAGUGGUUGGUUUCCUGCAGUGGGGCUAGAUGGUACUUGCCCUUCCAGUUCAGCAUCCUUUCUGUUCUAGAACAUUCUCCCAAGCAAAGCAGCUGGCCAAGGUCUGAGAAUGUUUCCACUGUCUGCCCACCUGCUCUUCAAGGCCCAGACACUGGCAGCAGUGCUGGACCUGGAUAGUUGGGGGCUGGGGAGCCCCUGCCUUUAAUGGGGUCUGGCUGCAGGUGCAAGGCUGGGCAGGCUCCCCACAGCCUUCCCUGCUCCAAGUUGGGGCUCCAGACAACCCUUACCCAGAAUGCCAACACUGAGAUCUCUUCUGACCUCUCAGGGGACAGGGAGGGCUUCUUUGGACUCUUUUUGUGACAGAUCGGGUGGGGCCAUGGAAACAGCAGCACUUAGUUCCGAGGAUGAGGGCUGGAGAGAGUCUGUGGGGCCGGAUCCCUGGGUUAGUACCAGUGUCUCCUCACAGCUGGGGUACAGGGAGCAGUUUCCAGCUCCAAUCAGGGGUACUCACAUUUCAUGUUUUUUU